CAAAGCCAGUAGAGCAUCAUUCCUUUGUUUACCAUCAAACGUCAACAAUCACCAAUCUCAAAAUGGCUUUCGUCGCUGUCGUCGCCGCCCUGGCCGUCCUCAACCUCGCCGCCGCCAACCCGGUGCCCGUCUACUCCAAGGUGUCCUGCCCGAAGCCGCCCCUUCCGGUGAUCAAACCCGUCGUCAUCAAGUCCGUGCUCCCGGCUCCCGCUAUCGUCGGACUCCAGGCCCCCGGAGUGAUCGAACACGAAUCUGUCCCCUACGAGAUCAACUACUUCGGCAAGCCCUACAUCAUCAAGCACAAGCAGUCCGCUGCCCUCAACGUCUACUCCCAGAAACCGGUUGUUGUCGACGAGUACGCCGCCCCCGCUUUCAACGAAGCCCUCGCCCCUGCCGCCGUCAUCGUUGAAGAGGUCUGCCCCCCUGCACCUUGCGCCGAGCCCGCUUACCCAAAACCAUGCUACUAGAAGCUGAAACCUGAGCUAAACAGGUGGGGGAUGAUAAAUCCCUUCUCUUGUACAAUUGUUUUUCUUCGUCAAACCGAGAAAGUACAAAACUGUCUCUCAGGAAAAA